UGGCAUUCGCGGCCGGAGCGGGCCGGGAGGGCGCACGCAGCGCGAGCGCCGCGCCGGUCCCUGGGCGGGCGGAGCGGGCGCGCGUCGCGAGGCGGAUCCUGGCUCCCGGGAGUCGCGGCCGGGACAUGGCGGUGGCCGCUCGGCGGCCGCGGCGGCGUCCCUGGGCCCUGCUGUGCCUGGCUGUGGCCGCGCUGCUCUGCCCUGCGGUGGGCGAAUUAGAGUGUUACUGCCAGCUAUGUACAAAAGACAACUUUACGUGUAUGACAGAUGGAGUAUGUUUUGCCUCGGUAACACGAACUGCAGACAAAAUAAUGCGCAACAGUAUGUGUAUAGCAGAAAUUGAUCUGAUUCCCCGAGACAGGCCAUUUGUUUGUUCCCCCUCCACCAGAGAUGGAGUCCAUACUGUGUCUCAUUGCUGUAACACACCUCUCUGCAAUAAAGUAGAACUUCCAAUUCCAACACCAGGCCCUAGUCCAGAAAAAACAGCUUCUAACCUAGGACCUGUGGAGCUGGCUGCUGUCAUUGCUGGACCUGUCUGUUUUGUCUGCAUUUCACUGAUGUUGAUUCUAUACCUUUGUCAUAAUCGUACUGUGAUUCAUCAUCGUGUGCCAAGCGAAGAAGACCCUUCACUGGAUCGUCCCUUUAUAUCAGAAGGAACCACUUUAAAGGAUUUAAUUUAUGAUAUGACAACUUCAGGUUCUGGGUCAGGUUUACCUUUGCUUGUGCAAAGAACAAUCGCAAGAACUAUAGUACUUCAAGAAAGCAUUGGUAAGGGUCGCUUUGGAGAAGUCUGGCGGGGGAAGUGGAGAGGAGAAGAAGUUGCUGUGAAGAUUUUCUCUUCAAGAGAGGAACGGUCAUGGUUUCGAGAAGCAGAAAUUUAUCAGACAGUUAUGCUACGCCAUGAAAACAUUCUUGGAUUUAUAGCUGCAGACAACAAAGACAAUGGUACAUGGACUCAGCUGUGGUUAGUGUCAGACUAUCACGAGCAUGGAUCACUCUUUGAUUACCUGAACAGGUAUACAGUAACAGUGGAAGGAAUGAUAAAAUUAGCUUUGUCCACUGCCAGUGGUCUUGCUCAUCUACACAUGGAAAUUGUUGGCACACAAGGCAAACCAGCGAUUGCCCACAGAGAUUUAAAAUCUAAAAACAUAUUGGUGAAAAAGAAUGGAACAUGCUGCAUUGCAGACCUGGGAUUGGCAGUUAGGCACGAUUCAGCUACAGACACAAUUGACAUUGCCCCAAACCACAGAGUGGGAACAAAAAGGUACAUGGCUCCUGAAGUCCUAGAUGAUUCAAUAAAUAUGAAACAUUUUGAGUCAUUCAAACGAGCAGACAUCUAUGCAAUGGGAUUAGUGUUUUGGGAAAUAGCUCGGCGGUGUUCAAUUGGUGGAAUCCAUGAAGAUUACCAGUUGCCAUACUAUGACCUUGUUCCUUCAGACCCUUCUGUUGAAGAAAUGAGGAAAGUUGUGUGUGAACAGAAGUUAAGGCCCAAUAUUCCAAACAGAUGGCAGAGCUGUGAGGCAUUACGAGUGAUGGCAAAAAUUAUGCGGGAAUGCUGGUAUGCCAAUGGAGCCGCUCGGCUGACAGCUUUGCGCAUUAAGAAAACAUUAUCACAACUUAGUCAACAGGAGGGGAUCAAGAUGUAAUCCUGGAUUUGCUACCGAAGAACACUGUAAAAAUCCCUAUCUGCACCAGAGUGGCAUGUUAAGAAGGUUAAUUGUUCUACCUCACUUGGGGGAACAGAAGGAUAUUGCUGCCUUUUAGUACUUCAUAGGAACGUCACUUUUUAGGAUGUUUGUGGAUGUGCUAAACAGUUGUGUUGGGUCUUUCUGUGCACUAUGAACCUCUUUCCCAGGUUACUUAUAAAACAUCAUGUACUCUAGUUUCAUUAAUCUAUCAUUUUUUUAUUUUGGAAGUUGAUAGUUGUUCUUUGCUAGCUGUACUAAAAGUAGGAGGUCACUUCUAAACUGAAACUGGUUCAUUAUAUUGUUCUGCAGUGCAUUGAUGGCUCUUAAAGCAACUUUAUUCCUGCCUGGUACAUUGACUAUUCUGAACCACUGUCUCAAUUCCUGGAUUCAGAUUGUGAAUGUACUGUUGGAGUAUACCUUGCUAGCUAUUAAGGUGGUGCAUCUUUUGGACUCUUACCUUGACUUACAAAUUGACCUCAUUCAGUUGUGGGAACAUAACUUAUGCAACUGUACUUUAUACAUGAUUUUACUGGGUUUUUUCCACUUUUUCGGAACACUACAUUGCCUUCAAAAUAGAUUGUAUUACACCAGUAAGUGCCACUUUUGAGUCUUUUAAUGCAAAAUAGUAGGGAUGUGCAAAGCCUAUGGUACUUUUGGUUUCAAAAAUAAAAGUUAAAAGUUGUUCCUUUGCCUAGCUAAGUGCUAAAUCUCACUCAUUGCAACAGUGAGUACAUAACAGAUAAAAUGUCUUCAAUUUUACUAAAAUCUGACUCUUGAAACCACUGUAGGAGUUUUAAAUAGUGUAAGCUACUAAAUUUACUGUCAUAUUUUGUAAUUGUCAAGUUACGAGUCAUAAUUAUGUAGAAGAUUUUUUCAUCAAGUGGUACUUCUAAAAUGCUUGAAGUACCUAUCUACUUCAGAAAAGUAGCAAGAAAAGUAAAAUGUUAAGGGAGAUUUUGCUUCAUUAAAUAAGUAUGAAAAGCGUA